AUGUUGGCUGGUCGAGAACAUGUCAACCACUCGGAAUGGCGCGUGUUCGUCAAUGCUCGCCAGGGCUUUGCUGCCCCCCCAUCGGAUGAAUACACCAUUCGUCGAGACUAUGAUUCCCUGUUGGGUAUUUCCCGAUCAUUACCCUACAUAUCACAGCUGGCGGUGUUUCCAAUCCCCUCAUUCAGAGAAACACUCACCACCAGUGUUCACAUGGCUGUGAAGAUACAGACCACGGAGGGUCAACGUUCCGUCCAGCUACACAAGAUCCCUAACAUAUUAUUUGGGAAGCUGGCCAAUCGCAGUCAGACCAGAUUGUUUUUCCCGCGGCUCUACGUAUCUGGUGGUCUAGGACGCGUACCCCAGCCGGCCCUUAAAAACUUAUACAAUAAGGUCAUUCGUCCCACGAUCAAUGAAAUCCUGCCAGCCAAUGUCUCUCAUUGGCCUGUCAGCUACGAGCAAGCUUUUUCGCAGGCUCAGGAUAGGCAAGGACAGCUGCAUCACCACUCUGUGGAUGUGCCUGGACACUACAUUCAGGAGUUUGGAAGGGAGGUUAUCCGAAGAUGCGAUCAAGAUCGGGAUCUCAAGGGCGCCUUUUUCGUCCAUGAAUGUCGUGGAACAAAGGAUGCCACCGUGCACAAUGGAACAUUCGAAUUUGACCGGGAGGAGUCUUUGAAUGAUCUUCUCAGAGAUUAUGACACCGAGAAUAUGGAGUUAGGCGAGUGGUAUGUCGAUGUGGCCCUGGAAGUCCAUUGUCCUGGCCAUGUGUUACAGUGGCUGGAGGAUGGUCAUUGGAAUGUCCUGGAGGAGCUCUUUCCACUUUAG